AUGGAGGCACCGCUGCUGGAGUUGAUGUCAGAUGGUCCCGGCCACGGUGGGAUCGUGGCCAUGGGCUCCAGUGGGACCAUGGGGACCUGGCAGGACAUUUUUGCAGUGAAGAUCAUGGACAUGCACUUAACAGAGCCAUGGGUGCUUCAGGAGGAUGAUACCCUGCAGGUGCACGUCCUCAAGCCUGGCUGGAAGGAGUUUGUGCAGCGCCGUGCGCUUGGAAGGUUUCAGUGCUCCCAGUGCUUUCAUGUGUGGUCUUCGGCCAAAGUGCAUGUGCUGUUCCACAUGUGCAGGCACCGGUGCCAGGGCACGGUGUGGAUGCGAGCCUUUCGCCAGGCGUGCAGGCGGUGCCCUGACCCCCAGCUGGAGGAGCCCGAAUUCAGCCAGGAGACCAUGGAGAGACUUCUGCACAACCUGGUGCUCAAGAUCCUCAGGUACUUCUACCACGUGACCAUCCAGCCCUCUGACCUCCUGGAAGUCGUGGUGAACGCGCCGGUGGCAGGGCCACAUGACAGCACCCGCUGCGAGGGCUGCCAGCUUGGUGUUUGCAGCUGGCUUCUGGUGCUCCCGCUGUGA